AUGGAGGGACUGUUCUUCAACGUUAACAGCGGCUACAUCGAGGGGAUUGUUCGCGGAUAUCGGAACAGCCUGCUCACCGGGCAACAUUAUUCGAACCUGACACAAUGCGAAACUAUCGAUGAUGUCAAACUACAGCUGGCGCCUGCAUAUGGCGACUUCCUCGGAGCUCUCCCCCCCAACCCCUCCACUUCUGCUCUUGCGGGCAAGAUGACCGACAAGCUCGUCGCCGAGUUCCGCUACCUCCUCGCGCAGGCCACGGGGUCUACAGCAAAAUUCCUAGAGUUCCUGACAUACGGAUACAUGAUCGACAACAUCGCUCUUCUCAUCACCGGAACCUUGCAUGAGCGUGAUACUCGGGAGCUUUUGGAGCGAUGCCACCCCCUUGGAUGGUUCGAGACCUUGCCUGUACUAUGCGUUGCAACGAACAUUGAAGAAUUGUAUAACUCGGUCUUGAUUGAAACGCCAUUGGCUGGCUUCUUCAAGGGCAGCCUGAGCCACCAGGAUCUGGACGAGCUAAACAUCGAAAUCGUACGCAACACGCUCUACAAGAAUUACCUUGAAGAAUUCUAUAAAUUCGUCACUACAAACCCAGACUUCAAGGGUACGCCAACGCAAGAGGUCAUGGCAGAGAUUCUGCAAUUCGAGGCAGAUCGACGUGCCAUCAACAUCACACUGAACUCAUUCGGCACAGAGCUUUCCAAGCCCGAGCGGAGAAAGUUGUACCCUGAGUUCGGUAAACUGUACCCCGAGGGCUCAUUGAUGCUCUCUCGGGCCGAUGAUAUUGAGGCCGUAUCGCUAGCCGUGAGUAUAUCUGCGGAUUACAAGGCGUUCUUUGAUGCCGUGGGCCUUACCCAAGGCGGAGGCGGCCUUGGUGGCAUGGGUGGCUCUGAUGGAAAGAGCUUGGAAGAUCUGUUCUACCAAAAAGAGAUGGAAUUGAGCAAGCUUGUUUUCACUAGACAGUUUACCCCUGCUAUAGUGUAUGCUUGGAUGCGGCUGAAGGAACAGGAAAUCCGAAACGUCACCUGGAUCUCGGAGUGCAUUGCUCAGAACCAGAAGGAGAGGAUUGGGAAUUUCAUCUCUGUCUUCUAA